CUCCCUCCCUCCCGGCUGCGGCGCUGGAGAAGCGAGGAAGAGGAGUGGCCCGGCCCUGGAAGAAUGCGGCCCCGCGGAGGGGGCAGAGCCUGACCCAGCCUCCCCACGGCUUGAGCAACUCGAGUGGAGUGGAGGGGAGCCAGGGGACAGAACCACACCAGUCAAGAACUCGGAACGCAAGCCACUGGAGAUAUUGAAGAAGUUGCCGCUAGAGCCAUCAGGCCCUGGCCAGGACAUGACGGAGGAGCCACGGUUAUGGCCUCUGCCCUCAGGCCUCACCGGGCUCCUGCUCCUCUUCCUUUGCAGUAGAGCAUUAAGCAAUGAAAUCCUGGGGCUGAAACUUCCUGGGGAGCCUCCACUCACUCCCAACACCGUGUGCCUAACGCUACCCGGUCUCAGUAAGCGUCAAUUCGGCCUGUGCCUGCGCAGCCCCGACGUGACGGCGUCUGCGCUACAGGGCCUGCACAUUGCGGUCCACGAGUGCCAACACCAGCUACGGGAUCAGCGCUGGAACUGUUCGUCCCUGGAGGCCAGCGGCCGGCUGCCACAUCACAGUGCCAUCCUGAAGCGGGGUUUCCGAGAGACUGCCUUCUCUUUCUCCAUGCUAGCUGCUGGGGUCAUGCACUCGGUGGCCACUGCUUGCAGCCUUGGUAAACUGGUGAGUUGUGGUUGUGGCUGGAAAGGCAGUGGAGAACAGGACCGGCUGAGAGCCAAACUGUUACAGCUACAGACACUGUCCCGUGGCAAAAGCUUUCCUAACUCUCCAGUUGGCCUUGGACCCAAUUCAGGCACCAUCCCUGGUCCCCAGGAUACAUGGGAAUGGGGUGGCUGCAACCAUGACCUGGACUUUGGGGAAAAAUUCUCUCGGGAUUUCCUGGAUUUGAGAGAGGCUCCACGAGACAUCCAGGCACGAAUGAGGAUCCACAACAACCGGGUGGGGAGACAGGUGGUGACUGAGAAUCUGAAACAGAAAUGUAAGUGCCAUGGCACAUCAGGCAGCUGCCAGUUCAAGACCUGUUGGAGAGCAGCACCAGAGUUCCGGGUGGUUGGGGCAGCACUUAGGGAACGAUUAAACCGGGCAGUCUUCAUCAACGCCCACAACCGCAACUCAGGUGCCUUCCAGCCCCGGCUUCGCCCUCGACGUCUCUCAGGUGAACUCGUCUACUUUGAGAAAUCUCCUGACUUUUGUGAUUGGGAGCCAGCCCUGGGAUCACCAGGCACCCAAGGACGUGUCUGCAACAAGACCAGCCGCCUCCUGGAUGGUUGUGGGAGUUUGUGCUGUGGGCGAGGGCAUAAUGUUCUCCGUCAGACCCGUGUUGAGCGAUGCCACUGCCGUUUCCAUUGGUGCUGUUAUGUUCUCUGUGAUGAAUGCCGGGUCACUGAGUGGGUAAAUGUAUGCAAGUGAGAGGGACACUCAUCCCCAUCUCCCACCCUAAUUCACACUAUGGAACCUGGGGGAAGGGAAGGGCUCUUUUUAGCCCUUUGCAACUUAGUUCAUUCAUCAGUAUCUCCCAAGAAAUAAUUUCAGGGAGUGAAAGCUUGAUGGGUCAGCAAUGUGUCCUUUCUGAUUUCCCCUCUAUAAUUAGAGGAUUGAGAAGAGAAAUCUCAAGCUCCUUCCCUUUUCAUGCCCCACUCUAUGUCCUUCACACACUGGACUAGAACAGGAUGAAAUGCACUGUGUUGUCCCCCAACUACUUGAUUGCCCUCUUGCUGCCCAUGGAAAAACCCAUGAUUCCUAACCCUUGGGUGGGUGGUGAUUAUAAUAAUUUUUCUUCUAAUGUAAUCUACCCAGGAGUUGUGCAGCACCAUUAAGACCUGUAUUCUCAGAAGAACCAUCCGCAUGUGUCCAGUCCAGUAGUCUUUGUGAAGUAACAGGAGAAAGUAAAACAGAAAGGGAUAUAUUUCUGGAAAGGGUUUAAAUAACUGGGAACAGUUACAGCUCCUAAGAAAGUGCAAAGUCCUGAGUUUGCUAAGCUUCCCUCCUUUUCUCCUGGAUCCUAAAGGAGGUCUUCUCUGGAAAGGGUGGGUCUAGGACUUUCUGAUCUCUUCUGUCUUCCCUAGCAGAAGGGGAGGGAACAGCUAAUUUAUUUUGCUGAGACUUGUUCUUGGUUCCUCUUUGUAACUAAAAUAAAUUGAAAUCAAGUCACUGA